AUGCGCUUACAUAGAGCGAUAAUCGGGUAUGAGGAAAUGGCUAGUAAAACAGAGAUAAACCAAAUUCUUAAUUCAUUAGAACAAGAGUUUAUUGACAAUUUGUCCAUUCAUUUGUACUCUACAUUCUUACUACACCGAGUUAAUUGUGAAUUUCCUCGCAAAAUAUGGGCAAAUUGGCCAAAACUGUUUAAUGACGUACCUAUCCCAAAUGUCAAAUAUGUUGAUAACUUGAUUAAUGUGUAUGACAAUGAGGUAUAUGAACAAGAUAUUGAGGUGGAAAAUACAAUAUUCGAAAGCUGUUUGCUUCAGUAUGAUAGGGUGAUCAAACCGCGGCGUAAAAACCAAAAAAGAGUAAAGGACCUAGAGCAGCAGGAGCAGGAGCAGGACCUAGAGCAGCAGGAGCAGGACCUAGAGCAGCAGGAGCAGGACCUAGAGCAGCAGCACCAGGACCUAGAGCACCAAGAGCAGGAUCUAAAUAAGCCAAUUCAUGAAGUUACCUAUAUCGAGCUGCUACCGAACGCAAAACUGGCCUUGAUGAAUUGCAUACAUGCCCUUAUUGAAUUUAAGAUACAUCAAAAGAUUGUUAAAAUGAAACAGGAGGGUAAAAUAGAAACAAACUUGAGCAUGACUGACUCGGGACUAACGGGGGACAUCCUUGUCGUACACAGUCAACUUGCUAAUAAAUUUGAUCUGAUGCUCAAUACUUUAAUGCAACUGCAUGUUCCUACGAACCAAAAGAAAAAACUUAAUGAUGUAAUACGAUGGUACGAUGUGUUACAAGCAGCAAUGACCAAUGACUUACAAUCAGCUUCAGGUAGUACAGCUAGUACUAUUGAAAUGUAUGAAAGGCUACAUCAACGAUUUAAAGAUCUAUUUGAAAAUGUAAGGAACGUUUAUGAAUUCGACGACACAAUGGACGAGUCUCAACGCAACUCAAUAAUCACAGAAAGCGGAGGCUUUAACGUGUCCAGCUAUCGCGAGUAUUUAACGAAUUUCCCACGCUCUCGUGGUGGAGUUGGUUACGAUUCCUCUUCUCCUUUAACUAUGAAUCAAAAAAAAGAAGUGCUCAAGAAGAAAAAAAUAGAACAGAACAUUUUAAACAUCAUGAAACUUGCCAGAGAGCAACAACAACAACAAAAACAGCAGCAGCUGGUGAUGUUAGACAAGGAAAGUUUAGUCAAAACCUAUACAAUCUAA